AUGGAAAAGGCUUUCUUCGUCAGAAAACCCAUGGAAAAAACCUAUAACAGGAUUGGGGGCGGUAUUAAAAGUGGCGGGUGUCAAAUCGUGGGGCUGAAAAGGGCAUUUCAAUUUUUGGCCCAACGCAAAAGGCGACAGAGAUACGCACAGGGCUGGCGUUUCGUCUUCUUGGGCCCUCCGCGCUUCUUGGCGGCCAAAGGCGGAGCGGCGGUUUCCCUCCCUGGGGGUGUGUUUCUCCGGGGGCUUUUGGUGGUGGUUGGGUUGUCGUGCGGGCGUUUUUCUUUUUUUUUCCAUCGCCGGGCGCCGGCCAUCACCCAGGGGUCGAAACGGGAGCCCGGGGUGAAAAAACCUCUCCCCCGGCAGGGUCAUCCGGCAAGUUCUCGUGACGAGGGUGCCCGGGGCGACCCCCGCUUCAGUUUUUCCAAGGUUUUGAGUGGAUUUAUUUGCUAG